CCUUAAGUUGUCUAUAAUUUGCAUGUCAGAGACCCAAAGAAGUAUGAACAGUUCAUGUUUUAAACACUUGAGUCUCAAAACUGAAAAAAGAGAUGCACUAAUUUUGUCUGGAUUGUGCUUUUAUAAUAUUCUCAAACUUUUACACUUUGUUCUCUCUCACAAGUUAUACCCACAUAAUAUCUCAUGAACUGUUAGUUUAGCCUCACCCUUGUUUGUUAUGCUGAGGCUGGAGGCUGGAUAUUAGCUUCAUCUCCAAGACUCCAACUAUGUACUCAUAAAAAGGCUGAUUUGUUUUCUCCCGCUACAGAUUUUGUGUACAUAUUUUCCCAAGAAAACUUAAGUGUUUUUCCCCUCAUGCUCUGUUUUCUGCUGGGUUUUAAGAUAGUGUCAUUGCUCGUAACUGUAUUUUAUGCUCACUCUUAUGCAUGGAUUUUAUGAUAUUAUCAUUGCUUGUAGCUGUAUUUUUUGCUCACUCUUAUAUGAAAAUGAACAUUUCCUUUAUGUGAAUCUUAAUUUGAACAUAAAAAAUACUCCCUCCGUCCCAAAAAAAACUUCUUGUUUGGGUUUGACACAAACUUUAAAAAAAGUGAAAUUGGGUGGUUGAGAAUGAUGCUAAAGAGAGAGAAUGAUGGUGAGCCAUAAAAAGCUUUCUAGAAAAAGAAAGAAGUUCCAUUUGGGACGUCCUGCAAAGGAAAAUAGGAAGUUUUUUUUGGGGACGGAGGGAGUAACUAGGAUUGCCUGAAUUCUGGUAGAACAUUGUUAACAUUCAAUGAAAAUAAAAGUUGCCUAGCAUGUGCUCCUGAUAACUGCCACAUUCAAUGACAAUAUGUGGAUUCUAUAUUUUUCAGUGCUGUUUUAUUUUCCAAGGCAAACCUGCUAUUUUAGGUUGCAUUUCAUACAUCAUCCUAGAUAUUCUCUGACUUUCUGUGUCCCAAUUAUAAGGCCAGUUUGCUUUCAGCAUGUGUUUUAAAGAAAACAAGUACUCCUUCCGUUCCUCUAGGUUCUUCCAAGUUACUAUUCACAAUGUCAAACUUUAUUCACUUUCUUUAUCUAUUUUCAUUGAUUAUACAACAACAACAAACCAGUUGGUUCCCAUGAAAGUAGGAUCUAUGAAGGGUGUGUGUACACAAACCUUGCCCCUACUCGAAAGUAGAGAGGCUGUUUCCAAGGGACCCCCGGCUCACGCUGCACAUAUAGAAGAAUCACAGUAGCUACAUAAGGCAAAGCAGGCACACACCCUCUACUUUAUUUUCAUUGAUUAUUUGAUAAAAUAAAAUAGUCUUGUCAUUACUUGUUUUGUAGAUCUUUUGAAGUAGUUUUUAAAUAUGUAAAUUUUGUUUUUUAUUCUUACACCAGUAUUCAUAUAAAUUGAAUUGAAACUAACUUCGGUCAGAUAUCGUAAUCCGAAACAAGAAGAACCUAGAGGGACAGAGUUAAAUUCAGUUUACUUUAAAAAUAUUAUCCCUCUAAGUGGGGUUAAUUGAAUCAAAGCAUUUCAAAGAGAAGAGAGAGAUUGAAUUGGAUUAUAUCUGUAAUGAUUGGUGCGGGAUUUAUUUAUUGUUUUAUAGAAUAACCAUUUGAUUUGUGACUAUAUCUUUUAAAUUCUAAGCAAUCUUGUUUCUGCCCAUGGAAUGUGUAUAGCCACUUGCCACUCUUAGUAAAAAAACAGUGUUUUGAAAUAUUUGAGUAUUGAUGUUAAAAUUUUUUCCCUUUGAAAAUCCCCUAGCAGGUCCCAGGGACUUGGAGAUGGAUGCUUGGAGUGUCUGCUGUGCCAGCUAUUGUCCAGUUCUGUCUUAUGUUAUUCAUGCCCGAAUCUCCAAGGUGGCUCUAUAUGAAGAAGGAUAAACGCGAAGCUAUUGUUGUUCUCUCUAAAAUUUAUGAUCCUUAUCGGUUAGAGGAGGAGAUUGAUCAGCUAGCAACCACAUUGGAGGAUGAACGCCUCAGAAAGAAAGCUGUCAGGUACACCGAUGUUUUCAGAUCAAAAGAGCUUAGACUCGCAUUUUUUGCUGGAGCUGGACUACAGGCAUUCCAACAGUUGACUGGCAUCAAUACAGUCAUGUACUACAGCCCAACAAUUGUGCAAAUGGCUGGAUUCCGUUCAAACCAAUUAGCGUUACUCAUCUCACUCAUUGUGGCACUGAUGAACGCCGUGGGCACAAUCGUGGGAAUCUACCUCAUAGACCACAUCGGUCGCAAAAAGUUGGUCCUGACAAGCUUAUCCGGCGUGAUAGUUUCCCUUGUUGUUCUUGCUGGAGCCUUCUUACUAGCACCCUCUUCUUCCACAUCCUUUGGACUGUACGGAUGGGUUGCAGUCGUAGGUCUGGCUCUCUACAUUGCCUUCUUUGCCCCCGGCAUGGGACCCGUUCCGUGGACCGUGAGCUCAGAAAUCUACCCCGAAGCAUACCGAGGAAUUUGUGGUGGAAUGUCUGCCACCGUAAACUGGAUAUCCAACAUCAUAGUGGCCGAGAGUUUCCUGUCAUUGGCUGAAGCCAUAGGCACCGGCCCCACAUUCUUGAUGUUUGCCGGUAUGGCUGUUGCUGCCUUUGGGUUCGUGGUGGCUUUUGUACCCGAGACAAAGGGCCUGACGUUCGAUGAAGUGGAGAGAAUCUGGAAGGACAGGGCCUCAGGGAAUGGGUCCUCUGCCAGAGAACCUCUUGUCAUAGCUGGAAACCAAUCUCAAGACUAGGGAACUCUUCUACUUCUUCCCUUCCCUCUCGAGUCUAGUCUGUUUGUACAUAUACGUGAUUUGUUACCGGUUACAUGUUUAGUUCCCAGUGCAGGGAGGGUAUUCUGAGCAUUUCUUAUGCACCGGCGGCUAGAGUAUUUGUUGUGUAGAAUAAUAAUCUCUCAGAUUUCUGUGAUCUGAACUUUUAUGGCACGUCUGUUCUGGACCCUACUUUGUAUUAGUAUUAGUAAAAUGUGUUGUGUAUCAAGGUUAAGUCUUUUUCCUUGGGUAAGACAAGUAUAUUCUUCACAUAGCAUAAAUAUUUCACCUACUUUGUAUUAUGGCAUAUAUGUGUCAGGGUUAAGUGCUGUUUUU